ACGCCACCAAACAAUGUACGAUAGUUUUCUUAUGCCGCAUACAGUGAGGAAUCAACCUAAACUCUUCUCCAGUGUUCGUGUAUGGAAGCAAAGGGUAUGCUUGGAGUGGGUGGAUAUAGGUUCGUCGAUGCUGUAGUGUGGUUGAAGAUGCUUGGAAACUGCUGGCCCAGGAGCGGUGCACCCGCCAGUCAUUUCCCCGCCCCCACCCGCGGGCAACGCACGUCAUCGGAUGCGCGAAGCAGGAACAACAUCUCUAUACAACUUGCACAUGCCGCAACCCAAGAUGUCGCAAGCACUAACUGUAUCUCUGAAAAAUGUCCGCUGGAUACUUCCCGAAACGCGAAAAGGUAGGCCUUGAAGACCUCUUCAAGGGCCUGGUUACAGCCUGCCAUAUCCUCCACAAUGCAAAAAUCCUAGACGCAUAUGGACACAUCUCGGUGCGGUCGCCGGAUAACCCUGCGACCUUCUGGAUGCCUUGCAACAUGCCGCCAGCACUCGUCAGCUCACAAGACGAUUUGGUUGAAUACAACGUGGACGGUGCGGAGGCGGUCGAGAAGAAUGCGAAGCCAGGCUACCUCGAGAGGCACAUCCAUAGUGAGAUAUACAAGAGAUUUCCUGCCAUCAACUGUGUGGUGCAUAGCCAUGCUGCCGACGUGCUGCCGUAUUGUGUAAGCGGUGUGCCACUGAAGAACACCAUACACAUGGCUGGCUUCUUGGGUACCAACGUUCCAGUCUGGGAUGCCUCGAGCCACUACCCAUCAGGCUCCAAGCAUGACCUCCUUGUCCGCGAUAGUACACUUGGCUCGUCCCUCGCAGCUGCGUUUAAACCAGCAACUUCAACUGGCUUCAUAUAUUCAAAAGUACGCUCCGCUCUGCCGACGCAGCUCGGUGGUUCAUCCGCAGAGCCCAAGAUGGAUCCUGAUCACGCAGUUGUUCUGCUCCAAGGACAUGGCUUUACGACCGUCGCGCACGGCAUCGAGGAAGCUGUCUACCAAGCGAUAUACACAAGGGAGGCAGCCACGGCGCAAACGACGGCAAUGACAAUAUUGAACGCCCACACCGGCUACGCGCUUGAAGGCAAGGUAGAUGUUCAAGCUGGUGGGAAGAUCAAGUCAGGACAUGCCAAGGUUGAGGGCGGUAAUUUGAAGUACUUGAGCGACAGCGAAUGCCAUGAUGCCUGGGAGUCGAUUUCAGGCACACUGACGAGGCCGUGGGCGCUUUGGUGCCGAGAGGUGGAAGUCAAUCCACUGUACAGAAAUGACUGCCCAGGUGGCGAUGAUUGAGCGACAAGGGAAUAUCGCACUGUGGCUAGGGUCAUCUUUAGUAACAUUCGUUCUUUUAACUGUUUCUGA